GUCGUCUGAAUCUGGACGAUAAGGGUAGGCAAGGGAGAUAGGGAUGAUGGAUGGGAAGUUGACUUGCAAGUUUCACAAGCCUUUGGAAUGAACCACAUCCCGGAAUUGAGUUUUGGUUCCAUUACGACUCAGAGUUAACGAGAAUGGGGAUGGUCGUUCUGCCAUUUCUGGGAAUGGUGAUGGCGGAGUGUGCCCAGGUUGGCUUAAUCAUUGUCAGCAAAGUAGUCAUGUCUCAAGGUAUGAGCAGCCUUGUUUUCGUCUUCUUCUCCAACUCCCUCGCUGCCCUCCUUCUGCUUCCUUCUUCCUUGCUCCUCCACAGCAGAUCUGAGCGUCCCCCAAUCACAAUUUCUACUCUCUGUGGUUUCUUCUCACUCGGGUUGCUCGGCUAUUUGGCGCAGGUAUUUGGGUAUGCUGGGAUUUACUACAGCUCUGCUACGCUCAGCUCGGCCUUGCUCAACCUUGUCCCUGGUUUUACAUUCAUCCUUGCUGUUGCUUUUGGGAUGGAGAGGUUAGACUGGAGAAGCUAUAGUAGCGUUGCUAAAUCACUAGGAACCGUAGUAUCAAUUGCUGGUGCAUUUGUUGCAACUCUAUACAAAGGCCCUCCACUUCUGGCUAGGCCAUCUCCUGCAAGCUCCUCUCGACUGCAACUUUUCUCGCAAGAGUCUAAUUUCAUGCUUGGAGGACUAUUUCUUGCGGCAGAUUGUGUGAUGGCUUCAGCAUACAUCAUCAUGCAGGCUAAAAUUGUAAAGAAAUAUCCGGCAGAGUUGAUUAUAGUAUUCUUUUAUUGUUUCUUUGUGGCCAUUCUAUCCGGCGCAACCUGCUUGUUUCUGGAAAGAGAUGCAAGUGCAUGGAGCUUACAGCCCAUGUUGAGAUUGCUUGCAGUUUUAUACUCGGGGGUUUUUGGUUCUGCAUUUCAAGUUGGUGUUACUAUAUGGUGCCUCCACCAGACAGGACCUGUUUUUGUCUCUAUGUUCAAGCCCUUGGGCAUUGUUAUCUCAGUGAUUGCAGGUGUCAUCUUCCUUGGAGAUUCAUUCUAUCUUGGAAGUUUGGUUGGUGCUAUUGUAAUAGUUGUUGGGUUCUAUUCUGUGUUAUGGGGGAAAGCCAGAGAUAUUGACGAUGCUGGCGUGAGAAGUUCAGAAUCAAGUGGCGAAAACACUCCUCUUUUAAAGUAAAAUAAGCAGCUUAAGGGAUAUAGAAGAGGCUUUGGAUUUAUUCAAAUUCAUAUUGCCACACGAAAAAGUGGGAUGUUCUAAUGUAGUAUUGCUCUGCACAGAGUGAAGAGUAAGCUCUAGAGCUAUUUAUUCAUGCAUUGGUGCCAGGACUGGGACAUUUGAAACAUAAUUUCUGGUUUCAACUUCAAGCUUGUAAGUUGUAAAUAUGAUUUAUUUACCAAAUCUUUCACCAAGUAUAGCACUCUCCAUUUAAAAGUAUGAUGUUAUUUGUUAGCACUUAACAGGGUUCUAGUUUUUGCCUUUA